CCAGUCCGAGCCGAGCCGGGCCGGGCUGGGCUGCCCCCGCCCCGCGCCUCCCCCCCCGCCCGGGGCGGUCCCGGGGCCACCGGCCGCGCAGCCGCCGCUCGUCCCGCAGCGCCGAGGCGGGGCCCGGGCGGAGCCGCGCCGGGACGGGGCCCGGGCCCGGGACGGGGAGCGGGAGCGGCAGCAGCCGGCCCAUGCAGGGCGCGGCGCGGCGGCGGCCCUUCCCGGCGGCGGCCCCGGGCUCCCCCCAGCCCGCCGGGCCGCUUUACCCGGGCAGGCAUGGGGCGGUCAAGAACGAGGACACCUUCAAGACCUCCCCGUUUCAUUUUGAUCUGUGGUUCUACUUCACUCUGCAGAACUGGGUGCUGGAUUUCGGGCGUCCCAUUGCGAUGAUAAUCCUACCUUUGGAGUGGUUUCCUCUAAACAAACCGAGUGCUGGAGAUUAUUUCCACAUGGCUUACAAUGUUAUCACACCAUUUCUUCUGCUAAAGCUCAUCGAGAGAUCCCCCAAGACCUUACCAAGAUCAAUGGUCUACGUCAGCAUCAUCAUGUUUGUCAUGGGAGCCAGCAUCCACUUGGUCGGAGACUCUGUAAACCAUCGCCUGAUUUUCAGUGGCUACCAGCACCAUCUCUCUGUACGGGAGAAUCCCAUCAUCAAGAACCUGAAGCCAGAGACACUGAUUGAUUCCUUUGAGCUGCUGUACUACUACGAUGAAUAUUUAGGUCAUUCGAUGUGGUACAUCCCUUUUUUCCUGAUACUGUUUAUAUAUUUCACCGGCUGCUUCACCCCCGUUGAAGAGGACAGCAGGAUGCCAGUGCCUGCUUUGCUUCUGAUGGGGCCCAGCAGCCUUUAUUACUGGUAUCUCGUGACGGAGGGUCAGAUUUUCAUCCUCUACAUUUUCACUUUCUUCGCCAUGAUGGCUUUAGUGAUGCACCAGAAACGCAAAGGACUCGUCCUGGACAGCAAUGGGCUUUUCCUCUUUUACUCCUUCAUCAUAACGCUGGUCCUCAUUGCUCUUUGGGUGGUUUGGCUGUGGAAUGACAAAAUUCUCAGGAAGAAGUACCCUGGCGUCAUCUAUAUCCCCGAGCCGUGGGCAUUUUACACCCUGCACAUGAACAACCUCCAUGCAGCAAAGGAAAGUUUAUAAGUUUUGAUAUUUUAGAGUGAUUUGAAGGGGGGGGAAUCUAGUUUUUCUAAUGUAGAUGUAUUUCAAAUAAAUUCCUGACCAACA